AGAAGACUCCUACCUGGUUAUCGUCACGCAGCAGCUGUCGUCCGAGUAACGCCUUGGGCGGUUAAAACUACAUUACCCAAGAUGCAAAGCGAGAAACCGCCUCCUGAUAUACCCAGAAUACAAUGCAAAGGGACAAACGGGCUGCGCGUGGAAGACGUUACAGUGUAUUCUCCCAGAAUGCUCUGCGGCGAGGUGCCCGUCUCCCACAGAAAUCAGAAAAGGGAACAUAACGGAAACGACGCAGACUCUGACAGACGUACAGCUUUCAGAAACUAAAGAAAUAGGAAACUUACAUAGUCCUAGGGCGUGGGGUUUUUUUUCUGCAGCGUGUGAGGUGAGGAAUCUUGGUAACUAUCGUUUUUUAAAACCACACUUCCCAGCAAACACUGCGGCACAACAAAUAUACUUCAGAAGAGUAGGGAGUAAAGACUACUAGGGCAAUUGGCUCUUGAAGAAGGUUGCCUGAACUGAGCAAGGACUGCGGAGGAGCAGAUUCUGAAAUUUUAACAUGUCCCGAAGGCACAAAAAGAAAUCUGACAAAAAAUGUGACACUUCAGAUGACAAGCAUUCCAAGACUUUCAGUGACAGGUGGUCAGGCCAUUCUAGUUCAUCUUCCUCACAGAGUAUUGCAAAAAAAUAUGAGGGGGCAGAAGUCCAUAAAUGUAAUAACAAAGUACAGCCAUGGAGUCAAAGGUCUGGUGAUGACUCUGGAUACACCAAAACAAAAAGGAGUCUUGAACUGAAAGAGACUGCUAAAGGUUUUGAAAAAGAGACUCCAGAAGGUCCCAGCAGCAAUUGUUUUUUAUUCCUGCCUACUAAGAAGCGUGAGAAGAUCACUUUACAUUUUAAAAAUAAGGCUAAACACGAGGGAGAUGGAGGAAGCCAUAAAAACACAACAGCCUCUCCUAGCAAUGAAGGCUCUGAAUCAAAUACCUGCAGAGACUCUGAUGCUCAAAGAAGGAAAAGGGAGUUGAUGUGCCUAAAUGGUUGGGGGAAAAACAAAAAGAAGGUCAAAGUGGAGCACACCAAACUGAAAGAAAUCAUAGUGAAGCAAGUGCUAGAGCAGUUUGAGGAAGCCUCACUUCCCACCCCAUGCUCUUCCCACCUUAAGAAAAAGCUUUCCAAUGUGAGUACAGUCAACAGACCACAGCCACCGUCCAAAAAGCCAUAUGCAGUCUUGGAUGAUGUCUCAGGCCAGAAGCUGUUCAUGCGAGAAUGCAAAGAAGCGCCUCUGAAAACAGCGAAGCAUGCUUUACCAGAGCUACCCAGGAAAAGUGUCAAGGAGAGGAGACAUGUUCCCUCAACUGAACUGUCAAAAGGUUGGAAGGAUCAGAAGCAGAAAGAACAGCAACAUCUUGAUCAUAUCGAUAAUAUUUGUAAUGCAAGGACACGCAGAAAGAUAGGGGAGGAAGCAGUUUUGCAUAUAAAUCAGGACACCAGAGGUCUGCAUCAUUCUUGCCUAGCUCAACCUGCUGAAACUACCAAUCCAGACCAAGAGAUGCAGAUAGUAGAAGACUUGCAUGCUGCUCGUGUUGACAGAAAGAUAGUUUUGCCUGUGGUGGAGACUUGUGGAGAGUUGACUAGCAUGGAAAUAGAUCUUCCAGAUGAGGAAGCAACCAAGUUUUCUAGGAGGCUUUCUGACGUGAAUACUUUGAUUGUGAUUGAUACUAACAUACUGAUCAGCCAUCUAGAGCUCAUUAAGUCUUUGAAGAAUACAGAUAUCCCAGGUAUUGGUAAAUUUGGGCUUGUCAUCCCCUGGGUGGUCUUACAAGAACUGGACAAUUUAAAGAAAGGAAGAAUAUUGGCAAAUGUUGCUCAAAAAGCAGUCCCUGCUGUACACUUCAUCCACACGUGCCUCAAAAACCAGGACUCCAAGUUGUGGGGACAAUCUAUGCAGCUUGCUUCUCAGCGAACAUAUGGUUUCAGUGUUGAGAAUAAUGAUGAUCGUGUGUUGCAAUGCUGCCUUCAGUACCAAGAACUCUUCCCUCAAGCUGAAGUUGUAUUAUUGACGGAUGAUAAAAACUUGUGCAGUAAAGCCCUGGUGAGUGAAGUAAAGGCACUUUGUAAAGCAGAACUAGUUACGGCUCUCCAGAAGCUAAUCGUAAAUAGUGCAGAUGGCUGCACUUCGCUGCAAUCCAAAAAAGAGCCCAAGGACCUUGGGGAACCAUCUACUGAUCCUCUUUCAGGCAUUAUUCACGACCUUGAAAAAUCGUUGGGAGAAGUUUUGUCAUCGAUUUUGCAAACAGAAAUGAAGAUUGCUUAUGGAGACCUAUGGACAGAGGUUGUGUAUCGGACACCUCCGUGGACGUUAGCAGACCUACUGGAGUGCUACAAAAAACACUGGAUAGCUGUUUUUGGACUGAUCAUACCAAGAAGCUUUCUUUCAACAAUUGAGUAUCUUUCAACACAGCUCUGUAAAGGUAGAAAUGUUUGCAUUGACUCGAGCCAAGUCACUGCCAGCGAGCCAUUGGCUCAAGGAAAUAGACACCAAGAAAUCUGGUCUGUCCUUGAAAAUGUCUGGAACACAAUGAACCUAUACAGGCUUGAAGUUUUCCAGAAGCUGGAUCUCAGUACAAUAACACGCUCGAGUACCAGGUCAUCGUUCAAAGAAGCUUUCUUAGGCUUACAGAAAUUAAUGGCAGCUGUGAGUGAAAUUCUUGCAGGAAUCCAGCUAGUUUUAAUGCCAAACAGUAGCUUUCAGGAUAUCUGGACUCUCUAUAACUUUUUAACUAAAAACAAGAUCAACACUACCAUGUUUACUGCUGAAGAAUUCUAUGACUGUGUUUCCCAGGGAAUGUAUAGGGAACGAUUGUCAGUUGGUUGUAGCCAACUAGUUGAACUGGAACACACAAUUAAACAGUGUUAUGAAUCUGUUGGUUUGGAAGCCAGAAACAGAGGAUGGCUUUGAUCCUGAAGUCAUCUGAAACUUAUGAAGGGACAGUGUUUUUUUCUGUUUGCCUAAGGCUGCAAUCUUAUAAUAAAUCCAGUUAUAUUUUAGUGAGAUUUAUUUCUCUGACUAAACAUUCAUAGGAUUUCAGUCCCUGUCUUCUGAAAAAAUAUUUUACACUGAUUUCUGCUUGAUUUACCAGAGCACCAGUGUCUGACUUGUCAGAAAAAAGUUGUUCAAGGUACUUGAUGCAAGUGUGAAAAGCUUUUAUGCUUUCUGCACCUUCAUAAUAUUAAAAUUUAAUUUUUGCUGUUUAUUGACGAAUUCACUGUUUAAAUUUGUACAUUUGUAGUGUAAACUAAUCUGUACAAAGAAAAGUUUCUUAUGGUAUCUCAUGUAAAUAAAGGUAGAAAGGAGUUCUUGAAUCGCCACUUUCUUGCUACAGAUCCAUUAAUUUCAGUGGGACAAUUAAGCAUGUGGCAGUUUUAAAAGUCCUUAACUGUAGCUGAAUUCCUGUCCUCCAAGUAGCCCGUACUCUGUAUACCUAGAUCUGAGGUAACUUUGCUUGCCAUGUAUGUACACCAUAUUCUCCUGUCUUUUAAAUCUUUUACUGUCUAGUCUAUUCAAAAUGUUAUAUUCCUCACAGAUCACAUGGCUGUUCUCUCAACUUGAGCUGAAUAUAUGUCUGUGAAGCCUAAAUAAAAACUGUCCUGUUACCUCCAAUAUGAAGUAAUUCAUUUCUAGCCAUUGCUUUGUUGAUGUACCUGUACAGGAACAUAAUUUAUUUCUAUCAUAAAUAAAUCCUCCUAAUUGUGAAAAUAUUUAUUUGUACAGCAGGGGUUUUUUACAUUUUAAAAUUGUUUGUAAAAUAUUUGUAAUUUGAGCCAGUCUUUCAAUAAAUUGUAGUUCUCUGCUAAA